AUGGGGCAACAUUUAAUCUUCCAACUGUUGCUAUUUCUGCUUCUGCUCAUGACAGUAUGUGUUUCUGCAAUGUACCCCAGGACAGCAAGGCUUGGCAUGGUCAGUAAAUCCAUGAAGAGCGCCUUGAAUGCUGAACUCUCUUCAGACUUCGUAACUUACUACUACAACCAGACACUCGAUCAUUUCAAUUAUAGGCCAGAAAGUUACACAAACUUCCAACAACGAUACCUUAUAAAUUCUGCAUACUGGGGUGGGGCAAAUUCUAGUUCUCCAAUCUUUGUUUAUACAGGUGAUGAGGGGAGUAUAACUGGAGCGGCAGCUUUUGCUGGAUUCAUGGUUGAUCUUGCUUCUCGGUUCAAAGGACUCCUGCUAAUUGAGAGCAUGGAUGAUGAUGACAGAUAUUACUUAAUAUUGCAGCAUCGAUAUUAUGGAGAUUCAGUUCCAUUUAGGUCCAAAGAUAUAGCAUUCAACAACACAAGUACCCUUGGAUACUUCAGCUCAACACAAGCUUUGGCAGACUAUGCAGAAUUGAUCACAAACCUUAAGAAAAACUUGUCUGCGGAAAAUUGCCCUGUUAUUGCCAUUGGUGGAUCUUAUGGCGGAAUGCUGGCAUCCUGGUUUCGUCUAAAAUAUCCACACGUAGUAAUUGGCGCUUUGGCAUCUUCUGCCCCCAUUCUCUACUUCGAUGACAUAACACCACACAAUGGAUACGAUUCCAUUGUCACCAAGGAUUUUAGAGAAACCAGCGAGACCUGUUACACCACCAUAAAACAGUCUUGGUCUGAAAUUGAUGAAGUUGCAGGUCAACCAAACGGGCUUGCUAAUCUCAGCCAAAUUUUCAGGACAUGCGAGCCUUUGAACUCAUCGCAACAGCUGAAGUUAUACUUGGAAUAUACCUAUGAGGCUUCAGCUCAGUAUGACAAUCCGCCAGCUCAUUAUGUGAGUGAUAUAUGCAAUGCCAUAGAUGGGGCACCAGAAGGAACCAGCAUUCUUGGCAGAGUUGCAGAAGGUGUCAAUGCCAGUGCUGGACCCCCGUGUCAUCGUAUAUACGAUUUCCAACCGAGUAACAUGAGUGGGUGGUUGUGGCAGACAUGUACUGAGAUGGUGAUGCCAUUUGGACGCGGUGAAAACGACACAAUGUUCCAGGCCUCGCCUUUUGAUUUGAACAACUACACAAAGACCUGCCAAGACAUUUUUGGUGCUAGUGUUACUCCAAGACCUCAUUGGAUCACAACAGAAUUUGGUGGCCAUAAUAUAAAAUCUGUACUGGGAAAUUUUGCCAGCAACAUCAUAUUCUCCAAUGGACUCCGAGACCCUUACAGCAUAGGAGGGGUUCUACAAGAUAUAUCAGAGAGUGUUGUAGCUGUAUACACGCUCAAAGGCGCCCAUUGCUUGGAUUUAGGUACUCCAAUGCCCAGUGACCCUGACUGGUUGGUGGCGCAGCGAGACAAAGAGAUCAAAAUCGUGGCAUUAUGGUUAGCAGAAUACAACGCCAAGCGUCCUACUAGUUAAGACUCAAAGAAGAAUUGGCUAUGACUAUCUUCUCUAGCCGUUUCUUUGAGACGAGCUUAUAUAUGAAUAUGCACUUCGAGAUUAAGUAUGUACUAGAAAAUUUCUUUUAAUUGAGCUUGGUAUUUCCCAAA